GUUAGUAUAGCAGUAGUAUUUUGAAUUAACGAUUAAUUUAAAGAUGAACACGUCAGAAAUGGUUAGUAAUUGUAUUAUCUUUUGUUUUAAAACAAACUAAAGAAAAUCGUUUAUUAGUGACGGAAAAAUAUUAUUUUAAAACGAAUAGACACUUGAUCUAGACAGCAGCUAAAACGCAACGCAUUUUGAAAUUGAUAUAUAAUUUAAUACAUUUAUUCGAAGAUUUGAAAAAACCGCUACUGCAAAUAGUAGUUGAGUUUGUAAGAGAAUGACGAUAUUUAAUCUACGGAAGAUUAUACUCAAAUACCAAGAUUGAAAAUAAUUAUUUCUAAGAAAAGAAAUCGUAGUAAUUUCGUAUUAUUUCUAAGAAAAUAAAUUAUUUCUAAGAAAAGAAAUCGUAGUAAAUACGUAUUCAAGAGACCCCAAAUUCAUUUGAUAUUCUAUGACUACUACGAAGAUUGAAUACCGUUUGUAAUACGAAGAAAGAAGAAUCCUGUCUAAAUGAGAAGUCACAGUUCGAGCCCAGGAAGGAUGAACGUCGCGCAGUCCAGUCCUGUCGCAGCCCAUAUUCGGAAGGGUGGAGGUGUCACGGCGCUUAUUCCUGCCGCACGCUAGAGGACGGAGGAGCUACACAACUACCGCAGCCCUUGACGUGUUGAACCAAGGAGUCUCCGAGAGUCUACACGUCUCGUGGGUCUCCUGCAUCAAGAUGUCUCUCAUGCCUGCGUUCAAUCCGUUUCCCAACGUUGCCCCGGCAACGGGCCUAAUUGGACCUAUCUGUUUGGCAUUGAUGCAACAGCCUGCUCCGCAAAAUGGGAACUCGCUAGCUGGUUGCAUGCCUUGUGUAGAAGAGAACGACAAAAUAUUCAAGAUCCACGUGAAACUGCAGCAGUUUGCGCCGAACGAGAUCAAGGUGCGGCUGGUAGGACAGGACGUGGUGGUGGAGGCGUGUCACGAGGAGAAGAAGGAAGACAAGGGCUUCAUGAAGCAGCAGUUCAAGUACCAGUACCAGCUGCCGAGUUGCGUGGAUGCUGCCGGUCUCACCUCCCAGCUGUCCUCCGACAGCAUCCUCACCGUGUCGGCGCCCAAGCAGGUGGAUGCCACGGAGCAGCUGGCCUCAAGGGACAUCCAGAUAGUCCUGACCAACGAGCCUGUCGUGCUGCCCGGAUCCGGGGUGUCAACUGAGAACGUGCAGCCAAGUGGUCCUGACGGGCCCGAAGCCUAGAACCGAGACUCUAAAACAUCUCCGAAAUGCACCUGCCAAGACAAAACAUUCCGUGAAUAAACAUUUACUCUUCUUCUUCUUCUUCAACAAGUAGUACGACAAUGCACAAAAACCUUAAACUUCGUCAAAUACAUAUCUCAAUAUUUUCAACUGUUUCUGUAUUUUUAUUUAUAGAUCUUCAUAGAACAUAUUUAAAAAUGAGAACCUCCUGACCACUAAAGUUUUCAGCUUCAACUUAAAAAUUAAUCCUGGAAUUUUAUCCCACUAUAAAAUUACUAACUAGCAAUUCUGUUGAUGGGUUAAACAAAGAGUUUCAUUGUGUAAUGAUAAUUUCCAGAAUAUAUAUAAAUAAAAUAAAAUAAUUUUUUUUUCUAUGACUAUGUGUCAAGACUAGCUUAUUCACUUACACUUUGAAUCAAACAAAAAUGGAAUAAAGCAACAAUUUUAAAUUUUAAUGGUCAACCGAUACAUACAAAGUUUUUCAUGCAGUACAUAAGACAAUUUAGAACUAAGUAGAAGACCAUAUUGAAAUUUAAUAUUUUUAUGUGGAAUUUCAUAUGCAUAACUAGAAAAUUCCAUUACAGUGGAGAGGAAAAGGUUGCAUUUGGAGACCUUAAUUUAAUUUAAAGGGGCUUACAAAUAAUAAAAUCCAGUUAUGUAAACACUUUCCCCACACUGAAGCUAACUUUGACACCUGGUACCAUAGCAUGAAUGGUUACCUGCUGCAUCCAGUAUGAAGUACACUUAAACAAGCACCUCAUCAGAAUACCACAAACUUAUCCACCCCUUCCACAGCAUAGAGGCAAUGAGACAACACAACACACACAAUAUGAACCUGGGAGAACAAUUCACAGGAGAAAAAAACCUUCGACACAGCUCGGAAAUGAACUUAAGAACCAACACAGUUUUAAAUGUCUGCAGUUCAAAACUUAUUUUUGGUUAUCUGUGAGUGCAUUGUAGUAAUCAUGUGUGGUUAAUUAUAAGUGAGGACAUCCACAGUUUGCAUAUUAUCAUGUAAAUUAAAAAACAAAAAAAUAGUAUAUGUGUCUGAUAAUAAAUAUGGGACAAAUUAGGCAA